AUGCGACAGAGAACUGCAUGGAAAAUAUAUCAAAACAUAGAAUAUGCCGGAGAACAAAAUCAAGUAAAGUUAUAUAAUUUUUUUCUUGAUUUGAUGCAAGCUACCAUAUCGAAAGAUCCCCGUGAUACACUGCUUGUAGCUCGUGCUCUUCAACGAACAGCCAGUGUAGCAGCAGAAGAUGAAGAACUUGAAGCAUUUACAUCACCACAUAUGGUAUCUAUUGAUUUAUCAAGCAAGGGUCCGCAUAUUCUUCUACCACUUGAUAAAAGUCAAUUUGAAACUUUAAUUGAUUCAUUUCAAAAAGGAGAAAUAUUACAUGCUCAUUAUGUUCUAUUAAUUUUACAUGAAGUUCGAAAGUUAUUAAAACAAUUACCAAAUAUUAAUAUUGUAUCAACAUCGAGAGCAAAUGUUGUAACUGUUGUCGGUGAUCUUCAUGGAAAUCUUAGUGAUUUAAUGGUUAUUUUUCACAAAAAUGGUAUACCAUCUAAUGAUAAUCCAUAUAUUUACAAUGGUGACAUUGUUGAUAGAGGUUCUUAUAGUAUUGAAGUGUUUAUAUUAAUAUGUGUAUCGUUACUUCUUUAUCCAAAUGGAGUGUUUAUUAAUCGAGGAAAUCAUGAAGAUCAUGUAAUGAAUUUGAGGUAUGGAUUUAUGAAAGAAGUAAUUAGUAAAUACAAGUCACAAGCUACACGAAUUUUGCGUCUAUUUGAAAAUGUGUUCAGUUGGUUACCAUUAGCAAGUGUUAUUGAUGAAAAGAUAUUUGUUACACAUGGUGGUAUUUCAGAUAUAACAGAUUUAAAUAUAAUCAAAAAAAUUAAACGUCAUAAGUAUGUGUCUGUUUUAAGUCCGAGUUUUAUUGUUCCUUAUGAAGAUGAGUAUCAUAUCGACGGUAUAUCAAAAGAAAUUUUACUCGAAUGGCGACAAGUGUUAGAUAUUUUAUGGAGUGAUCCGCAUGCGAAAAAUGGUUGUGAACCAAACCUUUAUAGAGGAGGUGGAUGCUAUUUUGGACAAGACAUUACAGAGAUGAUUAUGAAAAAGCAUAAAUGGAGUCUUAUAAUACGAUCACAUGAAUGCAAGCGAGAAGGUUUCGACUAUUGUCACAAUGAUAAAGUAUUGACAAUUUUUUCCGCGUCAAAUUACUAUUCAAGUGGAUCGAAUAAAGGAGCCUAUGUAAAAAUAAUUCCAAAUAUUCCACCAAUUAUUAUACAAUUUAUGGUGACAAAAACGCGUAUGAAACCCAUGACAAUGUGGGAAAGAGUGUCUCGUGUUGAGGAACAUGCACUUCGCAAUUUAAUAGAAAAAUUUCAUGCUAAUGAAGGAUUAUUAAUGAAAAAAUUUCUACAACAUGAUCCUAAUGGAACAGGCAAAAUAUCUUUGAACGAGUGGUGUGACAUUGUGACAAAUGUUUUAAGUCUGAGAUUACCAUGGAGAACACUUCGAUCUCGUUUGGUUGAAGAAGAUGAUACAAAAAUUAUCUAUGAAUCAACAUUCAAGUCAUAUGAAUUACAGUGUUUAUUAAACGUAACUAAACCUCAGAGCAGUCCCACUGUAUGUCAAACAAUUUAUCGUAACAAAGAAUUAUUAGAAACCGUAUUUAGAGCAAUAGACAAAGAUAACUCAGGUUUUAUAUCACUAGAAGAAUUCAAAGAUGUGUGUACAUUUCUCGGUCGUCAUAAGGGUUCAUUAUUCAAUGAUAAACAAAUAAUUGAUUUAGCAACGAGUAUUGAUUUGGAUAAAAAUGGUAUUAUAGACUUUAACGAAUUUCUCGAAGCAUUUCGUAUUGUUGAUAUUAACAGUAGCACCAACAGAUUAAAUAUGAUAGCGACUCCACUCGAUCCUUUAUGA